AUGGCCAGGCUGCUGGCCAGGACCUGCUGCUCCAAAACUCUUUCUCAGGUUCCCAGAUGCCCCCUUGGGUUGGUGGCUGCCCGAGCCUGGAGCCACGGGCCCCUCACUGCCUACAUGCCCGAAGCCAUCACCUUCUCCAGACUCAAGGACCACCAAGACUUGUACAAGGUUUCAGUGGAUCAAGGGGAUGCCUUCUGGGGAGCGCUAGGAAGGAGCCGGCUCACCUGGAUCACCCCCUUCCACUCUGUCCAGGACUGCGAUCUGCACCAGGGCAGGGUCUCCUGGUUCCUGGGUGGGCAGCUGAACGUGGCAGUGAAUUGCCUGGACCGUCAUGUCCAUGCAGCCCCAGACAAAGUGGCCUUAAUCUGGGAGAAGGAUGAACCAGGAGAGGAAGUACGGGUGACAUACAGGGAACUGCUAGAGCUGACGUGUCGCCUGGGAAACACCUUGAAACGGCAAGGGGUGAAACGGGGUGACAGGGUUACAAUCUACAUGCCCCCGUGCCCACUGGCAGUGGCUAGCAUGCUGGCCUGUGCCCGCAUCGGGGCUGUGCAUGCUGUGGUGUUCGCUGGGUUCAGUGCAGAGUCCCUUGCGGACAGGAUCCGGGAUGCCCAGUCAGAGAUAGUGAUUACAGUGAACCAGGGGCUGAGAGGUGGCAAGAUAAUUGAACUAAAGAAGACAGUGGACCAGGCUGUGAAGCAGUGCCCCAGAGUGAAACGGGUUCUAGUUUCCAUGAGGACCACCAGCAAGGUUCCCAUGACAGCCCUAGAUGUGCCACUGGAGGAGGAGAUGAUGAAAGAGGAUGCAUGCUGUGAACCUGCUGUCAUGGACAGUGAAGACAUGUUGUUUCUUCUCUACACAUCAGGCAGUACUGGCAAACCCAAGGGCUUGGUUCAUUCCCAAGCUGGUUACUUGCUGUUUGCAGCUCUCACACACAAGUACGUGUUCGACUACCAGGACAGGGACAUCUUUGGCUGUGUAGCAGACAUUGGCUGGAUCACGGGGCAUACCUAUGUGGUCUACGGCCCUCUCUGCAAUGGUGGCACCACAGUCCUUUUUGAGAGCACUCCUGUCCAUCCUAACCCUGGCCGCUACUGGGAAACAGUAGAGAGGUUAAGAAUUAACCAGUUCUAUGGGGCGCCCACUGCCAUCCGCCUGCUCCUGCGAUACGGUGAUGAAUGGGUGAAGAAGUAUGACCGCUCUUCUCUCAAAGUGCUUGGCUCAGUGGGGGAACCCAUCAACAAGGAGGCGUGGGAAUGGUACUUCCGUGUGGUUGGUGAGACACGAUGCCCAGUAGUGGACACAUGGUGGCAAACCGAAACAGGAGGCAUCUGUAUCUCACCCCGUCCUUCUAAUCCCGGAGCAGAAAUCCUUCCAGGCAUGGCUAUGAGACCCUUUUUUGGGAUAAGCCCCACCCUCUUAGAUGACAAGGGAAAUGUCCUUCUAGAAAACAACAUCUCUGGAGCCCUUUGCAUCUCACAAGCCUGGCCAGGUAUGGCACGAACCAUUUACAAUGACCACAAGAGAUUUCUGGAAACCUAUCUGACUCCUUAUCCAGGUUUUUUCUUCACUGGGGACGGUGCGUAUCGUACCAGGAAGGGCUACUACCAGCUAACAGGACGGCUGGAUGACAUAAUUAACAUCAGUGGACACCGGCUGGGCACUGCGGAGGUGGAGGACAUUGUGAAUCAUCAUGUGGCAGUGGCAGAGUCUGCCGUCAUCGGCUACCCACAUGAGAUCAAGGGAGAAGGAGCCUACGUGUUUGUUGUGCUGAAGAAGGACAGUGGCUACACACAGGAGACUCUUGCUGCUGAGCUACAGGAGCUCAUCUCCAAGAAGAUCGCUAAGUACGCAGCUCCAGAUUACGUUCAGGUCACACACCGGCUGCCCAAGACACGCUCGGGUAAGAUUAUGCGUCGGGUGCUACGGAAAAUCGUGGAGGACAAGGCCAGUGAGCUUGGGGACCUGACCACACUGGAUGACCAUGAAGCCGUGCAGCAGAUCAUAGAGGGACACAAGCACCUUGUGGAGGGGCAGAAGAGCUACUAGCUUGGCUCUGCCAGCAGCCACCUCCUCUACCUUCACUGCAAAACUAGGGAAACAUCCAGAAUUUCUACUAAGCAAGUGGUGGCCAGUAAGUGCUCAGAGACCACACCUCCACUGCAUUCUCAGAGUGACCUCUUCACAACACAGAGACCCUCAAAACCUGCCUCCACACACAUAUAUGAGGCAGGUGAGAGAACAUGACUCAUCACAGGCAGAACAGUAAGGGGAGACAAGCUAUGUUUCCUACCCUAAAGGGAGAGGGCCAAAAUCCCUCCUUAGGGUUCCUUGUGCCUUGCAGUAGCUGUGGAGAUAGCAGCUGGGCAGGAUUGCUAGUGCUGGACAGGUAUAUUACUCCUACCCCUGCUGUGCUCUUCAGCCAGUCUAGUCCAGGACCAUACAAGCAUUUCCUCCAAAGCAAACCCCAGAAAGAAAACAUCCAGCAGUCCAGUUAACAAAUAUUGACUCUUCUCCAUAAAAGUAGUUUGAAAACAGGCUCCAUAUUUUAAUACAAAAAUGUUCCUUUUACAUGUAGCUAUGUGUCAUAAGGAGAGCAGAGACACACCCCUUCUCUGUGCUAGCAUUCUCCUCCCCUUACAAUGCUCCUCCUGGGGAACACAACCCUCAAUAGAGCCACAAAGUACAGAAAUCUGUUCUGCAGAGCUGUGUAUCAAAGACAGAGCUCCCAGAAAGGCACAGAGGGCAGAAAAGGAGGCUGCAUCCUAGCCUCGCACCACUGCAUCCUGGACAAAGCAGAGGUUCCUCUGGCCCUUGUUUCUACAAGGCCCAUGAGGCAGCAUCUUGUCUUUAGGCAGCCUAGCAGCUCACCCCUUUCCCACAUGAGAGCCAGGGAGGCAGAAGGAGGCCGGGAGAAGGAUGGCAUAGCUGUCUGCUCCUGACAGAACCCCACACUAUGAGUUCUGACAUGCUCUGUGUCCAUCGGCAAAAUUCAGAAUUGGUCUUCCACUGUUUGAAUCAUAUGUUGACAGCUGCUGGCUUGGCAGCUCCAUGUCUGCUAUUCAGAGCUCUCCCAGAUGUGCAGGUUCUGCGUCUGGCCAGACAAGGGCAUGUUUUUCAGUGUCCUUCCCCAGCAGGGAGCCGCUUCAUCUUCUCGCAUCGAGUGAGCUCCCAUCUUCCCUCCCCAUGAAGUUUCAAAAUCCAGCUGUGGAACUGUAAUUCAAUAACACAGCGUUGAAGGAUGUCUCUACAAGGGCAUGUCCUCCCACAGUGAAGUACUCCAGCCUUAGUCACUCCCCUCUGCUCGCCGGAGACCCUCUCUAUCUCCUCUAUCUUGCCACCACCAGGGAGGCAUGGAAUGUUGUCUCCCUGCCUCACCUUUUCCAGGCUGGGUCUGUGUCCCACGCUGAUCAGCGUCAUGCCCAGCUGAAGACACAGACGAUACAGUUCAUGCUCCACCUCUUCUGUCAAGGCACUAGUGGCUUCAUCUAGCACUGAAAGAAAUGUCGUAAACCCCACAAAUCCUCUCCCAGCCAGACGUUUCCCCUAGGCAAAAGAGCAGCAACUGCCGAGAACAUUUCACUUAUUAACUGGAGUUCACCAAGAGCAUGUAAAGAAGGCAAGGAGGAAAAGCCUAAGGACUCUGGUAUUCCUCUAGCACAGCUGCUGUCAGUCAAUUUGGAAAGCUGUCCUUCCCCUCAAGUCCUUGAAUCCAUCCAAACUGCACUGUUCUCCUCAUUCCUCUCCCUCAACAGCUGCCAGCCACUGCCUCAUCCCCCCACCCAGUGAGAAAGCCGAGACAUGACCUUCUCAAGACAAGCCACGUGCCACAGCACUAAGAUGAGCAGCAGCCAGUGCACCCUUCCAGCACACCACACAUGGAGCUGCUAGGAUGGCCUGCAGCACCUUCCUGACUGUUAAGGGUAAAUACUACAGAUCUGGAGCAGAAAAAUUCAAUUUGUUUUACACCAUCUCUACAUUUUUUAGUUUGCAAUCCACAGGUUCCUUUUGCCCAGACAGCACCAAUCUGUGAUGGAGGCUUCAGGGGAAAGAGAGGUACUUACCUGUGGCUGCCUGCUACUGACACUGGCUCUGUUCACCCACAUCCACCCUGGCCCUCAUGGCAAGUCCUCCAACAGCCCACCCAGCAGAGACUAAGGAAUUGGCCCCAUCAGCUAAUCACAAAUGCUUCUGUGAUCUCUCAGGACUGUUUCUCCACUGUUCCUUGUCUUCUUUUGCCAUGUCAUGGCUAAAUUUCCCAUAUUGCUUCCACAACCCUACAGAUGUUUGUGAGCUUCAGAUAUGGCAGCUGCCACCACACUCCCCAGCAUAAACGCUUCUUUACAUAGCAACUGCUGAGCAUGCCAUUGGACAGGUGCCAUUGGACCUGGACGAAGAACAUUAAUCACUAAUUCCCUAAAAAGAGUAUGUCUUUUGUACAGUUCUUGAUUUACCAUCCUCCACACAAAUAAUGAAAUGUUUUCACAACUGAA